GCCCGGAUCGCCGGCUACGGCCACUUCUCAAAGCAAAAAAAAAAAAAGAAAAGAAAAAAAAGCCAAAAAAGAGGUUAAAAUCAAAGGGAAAAAAAAAGAGAAGAGGAGAGAGAGAGAGAGAGAGGAGCAGCCACCGCGCGUCGCGACUCGUGGGCCAUGGCGCGGUCGCCGGCGGCGAGGAAGCCCUCGGCGGCGCCCACAGUGGUGCUGACGCUGGCCCUGGCGCUCGCCUCCGCGGGGCUCCUGUUCCUCCUCGUCCACCUCUCCCCGUCCUCCCCCUCCACGCACCCGCACCCGCACCGCCGCCUCCGCCUCCGCGGCGCACGCUCCGUGGCGGGGGACCGGGGCGGCGGAUCCCCGCGCCAGCAGAUCCCGUUCGACCCCGUCAUCGCGGACCUCGAGCGCCGCCGCGACGACCGCGAGUGGGAGCGCCUGGCCGCCGCGGGGCUGCACGCGCCGGGGUUCGAGUCGGCGCCCGUCCCCGAGGACUACCUCGACGGCGGCGACCCCGACGAGGACUACAUCAACGACGCCGCGCGGUUCAACUUGACGAGGCGGGUGGAGGCGCUGUUCCCCAAGAUCGACGUGGACCCCGCCGACGGCGCCGUGACGGCCGCCGAGCUGACCGCCUGGAACCUCGCCUCCGCGCGCCGGGAGGUGCUGCACCGCACCGCGCGGGAGCUCGACCUGCACGACCGCGACCACGACGGCCGCAUCGCCUUCUCCGAGUACGAGCGGCCCAGCUGGGCCUGGCGGUUCGAUGAUCAUAACUCAUCCAAUGAUGGGGUGGGAUGGUGGAAGGAGGAGCAUUUUAAUGCUUCGGAUAUGGACGGUGAUGGCUUCCUGAAUCUGACAGAGUUUAACGACUUCUUACAUCCAGCUGAUACUAUGAACCCAAAGCUAAUAGAUUGGUUGUGCAAAGAAGAAGUCAGGGAAAGAGAUAAAGAUAAUGAUGGAAAACUCAAUUUUCAAGAGUUCUAUAGUGGACUAUUUUACUCUAUUCGGCAUUUUGAUGAGGAGGCUUCAACAGAUGACUCUGGUUCUGAUGCACCAGCAAGAAAAUCAUUUACACAGCUUGAUCUGGAUAAUGAUGGGCUUUUGUCAGCAGAUGAGCUAAAACCUAUUAUUGGGAAUCUCCAUCCACCAGAACACUUCUAUGCCAAGCAACAAGCUGACUACGUAAUAACACAGGCUGACACAAACAAAGAUGGGCAGCUGAGUUUGCAAGAGAUGAUUGAGAACCCAUAUGUAUUUUACAGUGCUUUAUUUACAGAAGAUGAUUACGGGUUUCAUGAUGAGCUCCGGUAGUUCUUCGAUGCACCAGGAUGUACUCAGGAAUCACCCACCUCUUGAACACUUCAUUAGGACACCGAUGUGAAUAGUUAACUUCCAUCAUCUGUAGGUUUCACCCUACGGGCUGCAAAAACAUUUGAGGGUGAUUCCAUGUAUAACAGGGGCGUGUUUCAUGUGCACUGUUCUAUAAGUAGAGGGUUCUUUUGUAACUUAACCUUUUUUGAAUUAUUUUCUUCAUAUGUAUGAUGAUGAGGUAGCGUUGGUUCUUUCAUUUUCUUUUUAAUUGCCAAGUACAACCAUCUCCUUUUUUGUUUGGGAUCACGCACUUGUAUACUACACAAACAAGGAAAAUGCUGCAUAUCAGCUUUCCUGAUCUCAAUAUUGUGUAAACCUCAACCUCGAAAGACAUGUGAUCUGCAUAAUCAUCCAGCACCUGAAGCACGGCAUAGAAUUCUUACUAGUGUCCAGUGUACACCAUAGGGCCUCGUCCUUGUCGCUUUUGCUUAUAUUUAUAAACAAAAAUUUAAAUU